AUGGAGACCAUUCUCGCACAGGGCCUUGAGGCCUUCAAGAAGCACAACGACCCGCCUUCGAUCCCAGAUAUCCCUCAUCUCGAUGGGCUAGUGAGAAUCACCGAGGCGGGCAAGCGAACGCUAUGGAUCACCUUUGUCGUCAUGGCCGUCGCUUCACUCAUCUUCCUCCUCAUGUCGUUCCGUCAGCCCGCAAAGGCCAGGAUCUUCCACCACGUCACUUUCUUCAUCACUGCUACCGCUGCAGUGAGCUACUACUGCAUGGCAUCCGGAAUGGGCAAUGCUAUCAUCAAGGCCCCCGGCAACCACGCUUUCCGUGAAGUCUACUAUGCCCGCUACCUCGAUUGGCUCAUUACUACGCCACUGCUGCUGCUCGAUUGCUGCUUGCUCGCCGGUGUGCCUGCUGCAGAAAUCGUACUCAUCAUCCUUGCCGACAUUGGCAUGAUCCUGACCGGUCUCCUUGCCGGCGUUGACGAUGGCCGUACGACACGCUGGGGUCUUUUCACGAUCUCCUGCCUCUUCUUCCUCUACGUUCUCUGGGGUCUGCUCUUCAGCGCUCGCAACACCGCCUUCGGCAAGUCCGACCGUGUGGGCAAGCUCUAUCUCGGCAUUGCAGUCUACACUGCUGUCCUCUGGAUCGCCUACCCUGUCGUCUGGGCCUUUGCUGAGGGAACCAACUCGAUCACGGGUGAUACCGAGGUUCUGGCUUAUGCCAUCCUCGACAUUGCUGCAAAGGCAGUCUUUGGCGGCUGGUUGCUCCUCGCCCACGAGAACGUCGAAGAGACAAAGAUCCAGCUGCCUAACAGCUGGGUCACUGCGCCCAACAGCGGCUACGGACGAGUAAGCCAGCAACGUCGCAUGCUCUCCUCAUCCUCCCGCCCGCGUAAAAGGGAUGGUCGAUCUCACUCAAGUCUCGUUUCUCUGAACACCAUUUACGCUCCCACGCGCUUCAUGUCUUGGUCCUGUUGGUGCUGA